AUGCUCGUGGACCCGCAAACGCAACAGCGUCGGCAAGGUGACACACCAGCAACCACAGCAGUCACAUCGCCCGCCCGUUGUCGGUUCGUGUGUUCCAGCAUCCACAGAAGUCACAUCGCCCGCCCGUUGUCGCAGCAGCUGCAGCACACGAUCGAGAUGCAGUCGCCAGUGAUGCAGUCGCCAGUUGUCGAGAGUGGUAGCGGCAGCGAUGUCUGCAGCGGUGUCAAUCACAUUUUGGCCACGUCGGCGGCUCCAGGCCGACUUCGCAACGCCAAGCCAAGAGAGCGCGAUAGUCAACCGUAUGCGCGGAAGAACCCGAUGAAAACCUUGACUCCACAAGCCCAAACUACGACGUCUUCGUCGACGACCAAGGACCUGAUGCAUUACAAAGGCAGCCUUGCUGUCAAGUCCAUUUUCGACGACAACUUGGAAUUCCACGCGAAUGGCCUUGCCAACCAAGGCGACGACGACCGCCUGGAUGAUCCUGAGCGAGUUGGUGGGGCACGUGAAUGGGUGGUCCUUGUAGACAAAGGCUACCAAGGGAUACAAAGAGAAGUUGUCGCGGUGCUUCCUACCAAGAAGCCUAUUGGAGGCGUGCUGACGGCUGACGAAUUACGUACCAACGAUCGGAUUGCCAGCGACCCAGUCAUCGUCGAUAGCUUCUUUGGUCGCUUGAAGACCCUUUGGAGCGUGUGCAGUGAUAUCUAUGCAUGGAAGCGUCAGAACUAUGGCAUGUUGUUCCAAACCUGGUCAACAGAUUAA